UUGGGUGUAGUAGUGACGUAGUGUACAGCUUCAUCCUUCCAGUCUCUACCCUUCAUGAAAAAAAAAAAAAAAUUAAAAAAGGAUAAUCGAUAAAUAAAUAUAUAAAUUCACUUUCCCAUUCUAAUUUCUAAUUUAAUGUAUUAUUCUCUUUUUCUUCCUUCUUACUCUGAAGUUGAUCAACUUCAAAAUCUGUGUGUGCCAUUUUUCUUGCGCCAACACAGAAACAAAGAAUCAAGCUCGAAACUUUUUCCUCUUUGAUUCAAUGGGUAGAAGCGAAUCGAAGAUUUGAUCUGUGUUAAGUUGGGUAAGAAUUGCUCAGAGAAUAAAGGAAGGGAAAAAUAAAAAAUAAAAACCAAAAUGGGAACUUCAGAAGCAAAAGAAGAAGAGCUUGUGAAGAAGAUAGAGAAGCUUGAAGCUGGCCAUGUUCAGCUGAAGCAUGAGAUGUCGAAGCUGAAGCUAUCUGAACGCCGCCAUCAUCACCGCCACAGGUCGCACUCCUUGUCGCCGCAGCGUUCGAGGCUUGGCGGUUGUGGCGGUGGCGGGGGUGCUGCUGCUGGUUGUAACAACAAAGGGUCUUCUUCUUCACCCUUGAAGAGGGAGAGUCGCAACAGCAAUAAUCAUAAUCAUAAUCACAAUCAGAACCAGAAUCAGAAUGAAGAUGGUGAUGGUGAUUGUGAUGGUGAUGGUGAUGGUGAUGUUGUUGGUGUGAAUGUUGGCCUUAGUGAGAAGCAGUAUAUGAACAUUUUGCAGUCAAUGGGGCACUCGCUUCAUAUUCUGGAUCUUCAAUGCCGGAUUAUAUAUUGGAAUCCUAGUGCCGAAAAUCUGUAUGGUUAUGCAGCAGUAGAGGCUCUUGGAAAAGAUGGGAUUGAGCUGCUCGUAGACCCUAUUGAUUUCGGCUUAGCAUAUGAUGUUUUCAACCAUGUCACUGUGGGGGAGAGUUGGAGCGGCCAGUUCCCUGCCAAGAACAAGAUGGGGGAGAAAUUUUCAGUUGUGGCAACCAACACACCAUUCUAUGAUGACGAUAGGAAGUUGAUUGGGGUUAUCUGUGUGUCCAUUGAUUCUAGACCCUUUCUUGAAACUCGAGCUACUUUAUCAGAUGUGAAGAAUGCUGCACCAGGUUCAGACUUGGAUUAUAACCACGCGAAGAGUGGCAUUUCAAAUAAACUUGGCCUUGACUCUCAGCAGCCACUUCAAGUUGCUCUAGCAUCCAAAAUUUCUAAUUUGGCAUCAAAGGUGAGUAAUAAAGUUAAGUCAAGAAUGCGGACAGGAGAAAAUGGUGUUGACCGUUAUGGUUGGAGCGGAGAAAGUCAUCAUUCUGAUCAGAGUUUUUCGGAUUGUGUUUUUUCUGACCAGAAAGAGGAUGGUAAUUCCAGUGGAGCUAGCACUCCCAGAGGUGAUGUACCACCUCCAUUCGGUGUAUUUUGUCAUGUUGAAGAGAAAUCACCAGCUAAAUCUUUGAGAGACUCUGGUGACGAUGGCGAAGGAAAACCAAUUCACAAGAUCAUAACUUCUAAAGCUGAAGCAUGGAUUCAAAAGAGAACAUUGUCAUGGCCAUGGAGAGGAAAUGGUCAAGCUGGAUCCGAGGCAAGAAAUGUUCCUGUUGCUAGGCCACUGGUGCAGAAUGAUCAAGAACAUGAACUGGUUAAUCAGAUGAAUCUUUCUUCCGAGUCCAAGAUGGAAGUCCAGGCAGGUAAUCGGCCUGUUAAUAAUGAGGCUUCAGGAUCGUGGUCCUCAGUUAACGUUAACAGUACUAGCAGUACCAGCAGCUGCGGCAGUGGCAGCAGUGGUGCUGUCAAUAAUAAAGUGGAUAUUGAUACCGAUUGCUUGGAUUAUGAAAUCUUGUGGGAGGACCUCACAAUUGGAGAACAAAUUGGGCAAGGUUCUUGUGGAACUGUAUAUCAUGCCCUGUGGUAUGGAUCAGAUGUUGCGGUCAAAGUAUUCUCAAAGCAAGAAUAUUCAGAGGAUGUGAUACUAUCCUUCAGACAAGAGGUGUCUGUCUUGAAAAGACUUCGCCAUCCAAAUAUUAUUCUCUUCAUGGGGGCAGUGACUUCACCUCAACGUCUCUGCAUUGUGACAGAGUUUCUCCCACGUGGAAGCUUGUUUCGUUUGCUCCAAAGAAAUACAUCCAAACUUGACUGGAGACGGCGAGUUCAUAUGGCUUUAGAUAUCGCACGUGGUGUGAAUUAUCUUCAUCGUUGCAGCCCCCCUAUUGUUCAUCGAGAUUUGAAGUCUUCAAAUCUCCUAGUUGACAAGAAUUGGACUGUGAAGGUUGGUGAUUUUGGUCUUUCACGCCUUAAGCAUGAAACAUAUCUCACAACCAAAACAGGAAAGGGCACGGUAUGCUUUCAAUAUUUAUUUAUUUUUCGGGGCCAUAAGAUCUUUGGUUUGUCCGAUGUGUACAGCUUUGGGGUGAUAUUGUGGGAACUUGCAACUGAAAAGAUCCCGUGGGAUACUCUCAAUGCAAUGCAGGUUAUUGGGGCUGUAGGGUUUAUGAACCAUCGGUUAGAAAUUCCGGCAGAUGUUGAUCCGCAGUGGGCUUCUAUAAUGGAGAGCUGCUGGCAUAGCGAUCCGGCUCAGCGACCAACAUUCCAGGAACUUGUGGAAAGGCUCAGAGAAAUGCAGAGACGACAUGCCAUUCAGCUCCAGGCGGCUCGUUCUGCCAGCGGUGGAAGCAAUCAGAAGGAAUCUUAAGACACAGCCCCCUUUGAGAUGGUUUCUUUUUUGUCACUCAUGGCUAAUGCGUAAGGAUUUUUUUGCACAUUGAUGAUGAGUUGAUGAGGUGUACAAGUAGCUUGUCUCACGGUUUGGCAGUGUUGCAGGUUGGCAUUCUUGUUCAUCAAUGUUUACCGAGGAGUCGUAUUAAAUGAUAAAAGAGAAGUAGGAAAAGGGUUAGAAAACUAGUUUAUGGUCCUUUUGUGUUUCUAUAAUGGCACCAUCUUCAAUUGAUUAGUGAUGCACUGAUGCUUAUGUUUGGAGUCUUCUUGUGUAUAGAAGUUUCUCAUUAUCAUCAUUGUAAUCUUAUAUGGACAAAGUUUGUGACAUCUUUUCUUUAGCUGUAAAGAAACUUAGAGAAAACUGAAAAGAAAAGUGCUUUGGUAUUACUCAUA